CCCACGCUGAUGCUCCUGUAUGCCUGUCAUUCGCUUUAAACUGCGAGGACCCUGUUCUUUCGCCCGUUCAUCUGUGAUCUCACCCACCCCUACCCCACUUGACCGACUUCUACUCCAGCCUGCCCCGCCUUCUCUUCUUGCACCAACAACCCCGCUGCUUAGAUAUCAUACCCGGGUAUUGAGAAUGGAUGUUAGGGACAUGUCAGAGGCGUCUGCCGCUCCGGGCGAUGACCUGAAGCUUGUCAACCGGCUUAAUGAGAGCAGGAGCCCGUACGUUCGCGGACACAUGAACAACCCAGUCGCAUGGCAGAUGUGGGGACCAGAAGCCAUAACCCUUGCGAAGAAGUCGAACCGGUUGAUGUUCGUGAGUAUCGGCUAUGCGGCGUGCCACUGGUGUCAUGUCAUGGAACGCGAAUCCUUCGAGAACGCCGAAGUAGCCUCCCUCCUCAAUGCAUCCUUCAUACCCAUCAAGAUCGACCGCGAAGAACGCCCCGAUAUCGACCGCAUAUACAUGAACUAUGUCCAAGCUACGACCGGUUCUGGCGGCUGGCCCCUCAGUGUCUUCAUUACGCCCAACCUUGAACCCAUCUUCGGUGGCACCUACUGGCCAGGCCCAGGAUCGACAAUGGCCAUGGGCGAUCACAUUGGCUUCGUUGGCAUCCUACAGAAGAUUAGAGACGUAUGGAAAACCCAGCAGCAGAGGUGUCUGGAUUCGGCCAAAGAGAUAACUGCUCAAUUACGGGAGUUUGCACAAGAUGGGACCGUGAGUCGGGCGGGUAGCACAGAGCCCGAAGGCCUGGAUCUCGAACUCUUGGAUGAGGCCUAUGAACACUUUGCCGCCAAGUUCGAUCAGGUGUAUCCAGGUUUCCCACAGGGCGCGCCGAAGUUCCCCACACCGGUGAACUUGGCCUUCUUGCUGAAGCUGGGCCAGUACCCAAGUGCAGUGUCCGAUGUAAUUGGUACCAAGGAAUGCGAGAACGCCCGGGAUAUGGCUCUUUGGACGCUGCGAUCUAUGAAUAAUGGCGGCAUUCACGAUCAAAUUGGUAAUGGAUUCGCGCGAUAUUCAGUCACGCGUGAUUGGAGUUUACCACAUUUUGAGAAGAUGCUAUACGAUCAAGCACAACUCCUGCCUGUCUACCUCGAUGCAUACCUUCUAACUAAAGACGCCAAUUUUCUCUCUGCCAUGCACGAUAUUGCGACCUACCUCACCACACCUCCAAUACACGCCUCAACAGGCGGUUUCUUCUCGGCCGAAGACGCCGACUCGUUAUAUAGACCACAUGAUAAAGAGAAGCGCGAGGGUGCCUUUUACGUAUGGACGCUAAAAGAGUUCCAAACCGUUCUUGGAGAUCGCGAUGCCGAUAUUCUAGCGCGGUACUAUAACGUCAAAGACGAGGGAAAUGUGAGCCCGGAGCAUGAUGCACAUGAUGAGCUUAUCAACCAGAACGUGUUGGUAAUCAAGAGCGAUCCUAUGAAUCUAGCGAGGGAGUUUGCUUUGUCAGUGGAGGAGGUGAGUAAAAUUCUAGUAGAAGGACGAGCGAAACUACUGGAGCACAGGAAUAAGGAGCGACCGAGACCUGCGUUGGACGACAAAAUCGUGGUGUCGUGGAAUGGUCUUGCUAUUGGUGCACUGGCAAGGGCUGCUUCAGCGCUAUACUACUCGGAGCCCGACAAAUCGAAAGUAUACCUUAACGCGGCAGAAAAAGCAGCGGCAUUCAUCAAGAAAGAACUCUUCGACAGCUCGUCGCAUACAAUGAAGCGCAUCUACCGCGAGGGACCGGGAGACGUCCCUGGUUUCGCAGACGACUACGCCUACUUGAUCGCUGGGCUCAUUAACCUAUACGAAGCAACCUUCAAUGACUCGUAUCUCCACUGGGCGGAUGAUCUACAGAAAACACAAAUCAAAUUAUUUUGGGACCAAGACCACGGAGGUUUUUUCUCCACGCCCGAGAAUCAAGAAGACUUGAUCAUGAGAUUGAAAGACGGCAUGGACAAUGCUGAGCCAGGAACCAACGGUGUCUCAGCCCGGAAUCUAGACAGGUUAGGAGCGCUAGUAGAAGAUGAGGAGUAUAGUAAGAAAGCACGAGAUACAGCAUCGGCAUUUGAGGCGGAGAUUAUGCAGCAUCCGUUUCUUUUCGCUGGGAUGAUGGACACUGUCGUCGUUGGUAAGCUCGGUUUGAAGCAUUCCGUCAUAACGGGAGAAGGCGAGAGGGUGGAGGAAUGGCUCAAGCGGUAUCGGGCUAAGCCAUCUAGCCUCGGGGCCGUGAGCAGAAUAUGCGCGGGUAUGGGUGAGUGGCUAAAAGAGAGAAAUCAACUAGUCAAGAGUAUGGAUGCAAAUAAGGAAGGAGUAAUGAUUUGCGAACAAGGCGCUUGCCGAGACGAUCUCGAGAUGGGCAUGGCAAGUCUGGGGGAGGCGAUUGAGGAGGUGAAGUGGAAGGGGAAUAAGGAGUAAGAGAUGUGGGGUUAAGUUAAAUGUGCAAAGGUGGGGUAAUGCGGAGAGUACAGAUGGUGUUUAUCUUAUGGACGGCGUAGGGUUUAGGUGUCUGAUAUCCCUUCCUUCCGCCCUGAACCCUAGCUUUAGACCCCAUACACAGCGUUGUAAUAGGCUUUAGGCAAAGGGU